CCUAAUCGUCGAGUUGGAGCUGAAGGAUAGAUGGAUGGAAUUAAGGCCGUUCCUGUUCAUCCUCAGUUUGGAGGUCCGAGGUGCUACAUGUCAGAGCCUUCUUUAAAAUUUGACGUGCCUCCAUGGGCUCAUGUGAAGUGUCAACUUGCACAACACUGAUACUGACAGUUGACAGCUGAAAGAUUAUUAACUUCAGCAAAGUACUUACAGCAACUUAUCAGCCCAUUUUCUGAUGCAGCCACUGCCAGAGAGGAAAGGCCACAAAACCUUCCCUGUGGGGCAGGGCGACACAUUUUCCAUCAAGUUCCGAAACUUUGGCAGCCUUGAUGGUCUCAGAUUUGUCUGAAAUUACAUAAAUGUUCAGUGUAUCUGAACUAAAUGGACAAUGUCCUUUCCCAGCCUGAAAAUGUUGUCACCAGUGGAUGUUCUGGCAGUCCACUUCUCAGUGGACAUCUCGGCAUACUGUGCCUUGAUAGCCAUCCCCCCAACAAUAGGGCCUACAAAAUGCUGCCGUCUUAAAGAACUGCCAGGUAAUUUUCAAAAGGAAAGGCAGAGAAAGAGUCGAGACACCCAUGCUGCUUUACUUCACCUGCAAGAUGGGAAAUGCAGUGUACAUUGUACACAACUUGGUGUCUCCCAUAGAGUGUAGCAAAGUGCUGCACAAACGACUUUAAUAAAUUGUCAGCAUAAUCGGUGAGAAGUUCUCCCUAGUCAACGACAAGGACACAAGACAAUGAUGUACGAUGCUUGGGUUAUAAUCAACAAACGAGAAACCUACGUCCUCACAGCUAAUUGCACCUGUAUGGCAGGGCUUGGGUCAUGCUGCAGCCAUGCAGCUGCAAUAUUAUUCAAAGUUGAGUUAUAUGGUAGGAUGGGAAGGACAGAGAAAGAAGCGGUUACUUCAGGAGUGUGCAUGUGGAAAGAUGUCAGCAGGAAAGAAGUCACACCGGCUCCAUUGAGGGAUAUCUGCUUCCAGAAACCAAAAAGGCUAGGCAGGCAACUUUCAGCAGCUUCAACAUCUACUAGGAAGAAUAGUAUCACACCCAGAGUGUUGACAGAUGAUGACAUUCGGGAACUGCGGGAUGUGGACCCAGGUGCUGCAGUGCUGACAAGCCUUGAAAACAGUGACACGGACACAGCAUCAUCUGACACUGAUUCAGAGGAACAUCCAGACUUACCUGAGCCCUUGACAGCUUUAUGGGAUGCAACACUAAGGGAGCUCUCACCACAGGACAUGCAGGUGAAAUGUGAAGAUACAUUUCAUAAACUAAAAACAACACUACAACCUCAGCAAUGUGAGAAACUGGAAUUUGUGACACGGCAACAGUCAAAGUCAAAUGAGUGGCACACCUAUAGGGCUGGUCGGAUCACAAGCACCAAACUUCACCAUGCAACCACAACUGACAAGAUAAGCAAAACAUACCUAAAUGAUAUAAUGCAGUACAACAAAACAGAGUUAAAUGUCCCAUCUGUGCUCUGGGGUCAAAACAUGGAGGAAACAGCAAGACAAGCCUACACUGCAUUUAUGUCCCAAAGCCAUCCAGAUUUCAGCAUCAGCUCAUGUGGCUUAGUAGUACAACCUUCUGAGCCACACCUUGGAUCAUCGCCAGAUGGGAUUGUAAGAUGUUCCUGCUGUGGCAAAGGGGUGGUAGAGAUAAAGUGUCCCUACAAAUAUAGGAAUAGCCUUCAAGGAUGUACAGAAGACAAGCAGUUUUGUCUGGACAAGUCAUUUUCGUUGAAACAUUCGCACACAUACUAUUAUCAAACUCAACUUCACAUCUUUGUCUGUGAUGUAAGCUAUUGUGACUUUGUGUUGUGGACGAAGGAGAAGUUCAUUGUGCAACGCAUCAUAAGAAAUGAAGAGUUUCUCCAGGAGGCUUUGCCAAAAGCACAUGACUUCUUUAUCUCAAAUGUGUUGCCUGAAUUACUAACAAGAAGACAUGAUCCUGUCUUGGUGUCACAGAGAGCCUGUGAAUACUGUGAAAGACCAGAUUUUGGUAAAAUGAUAAUCUGUGCCAAAUGCAACAACCACAUUCACUACAGUUGUGCACAAAUAAAAAGGAAGCGGGCAACAUGGUUGUGUAGGAAAUGUGUGAGGGUAGAGGCUUGAAUGCCUUCAUGUACGAGUGGGCAAUAUGAUGUAUUGUGAUAAAAGACCAGAUAUGGUGUUAGAUGUUGGUUAUGGAAUGUUUUUCCUUUGUUUUUGAAGUUAGAUAAAAGUUAAAUGAUGUACUGACUAUCUACAGUAAUAACUAUUCCAGAUCAUAUAUAUAGAUUAAAGAUCCCAUUGUGUAAAUGUUUGUGUUAUUGACUGCUGUGUCUAUGCACUUCAGUGCAACAAGAUAUUUAAAAGUUGUACUCUUUAAUUCAAUGUAUGUAUCAAUAGAUAUAAUUUAGACCUAAAAGUAUUAUUGUUUACAACAUACAAAACCAGUUUGAUUAUAAUAUAUUGUACAUACUCCUACUAUCCAUGUUGUUAUUGUUUAAUGAAAUGAAAAUGGAAUGAAACUCAUUAGUAACAACAUUACAAAUAAAAAAGUUAAACUACA